AUGAAAGUCACCCGUCUCCUUUUAUUUAUUACUCCUCUGCUCUCUGGAAAUGCACGUAAGUCCUCCCUAUUCCAGCCAACCGAACCUUCUUCUUCUUUUUCUUCUUCCGUUUCAGAAGCGAAUCCGGGGAAUGAGGGAGAGCUGAGCCCUUUCGGAGAGUGCUUCGAUGGCUACAUACCCACAUUCAUCAGACACACCGGCACACGACACAUUGACGGACCCGCGUUUGUGGCAAAGGUUUUCAUUUCUCCAUUUCCACUUUAUUACUCAUUUUUCCAAUUCAAGAUUGACAUGGUCACUUGCUCCUCUCAUUGCCGCUCGAACUUUGACCCCUCCUCCGAAGAGCCAUUUCCAUGUGAAGGAUUCAACUUCCGUGCCGGGAGAAACCCAGUUUGCGAGUUCUUCCCAGCCACAGGAAACAAGGUAUGCACACCCAGCCGUCCGCAUGUUUCAUUCGUUUGGCUUUUAGAGCAACGCCACAAUGUCGCUCAAAACGGAAGAAGCUCCGACCUUCUACUAUGAGAAAGUGUGUCUGCAAAUGGCUAAGCGAUGCGAGGAGUCUGCGUACAUGUUCGACGUGAAGAAAGCGUACAGAAUCGAUGAGACUCCCAUCAGGAUCAUCAACGUGACGGAAGAAGUGGAGUGUAUGGAAGAGUGUGUCAGGAUUCAAUGCAUGUCAUUCGGGUUCCACCAUGAUGCGAAGUGAGACAGAACUUUUAAAUCAGCAUAGAAACCAAAAUGGUUCAGACGUUGUUCGUUCUACAAUUCCACUCGAAGGGAUGCCGUGACGAUCAGGGACGUCCGGAUGGAUUACUACGAAAACAACUGUGUCCACCGUACCGCAGACCUCUCCUCAUUCAUAUUUCUCUUGAAACCAAACUCAUUUUCAGCAACGGCUCGGUGCAAACAAGGAAGGAUCGAGUUCUUCGUAACUCGCAAAGCAGACGUCCCGUCGUUCGGCCUCUCAUUGGGCGUGAAGAGCAUCCGGAGUUGCAUGCAAGCGUGCGUGAAUGCAGGUCAAUUCUACUGCCGGAGUGUCCAGGUACUCCGCCGCCCACUCGAUCGCUUCCGUCAUUUCCUCCGUUCAGUUCGAUUCCAUCUCCAACGAGUGUUUCGUUUCCGACGAGACUUCAGACGUCGCCGUUCCGUCCUCCACACUUGACAUAUUCGAACCAUUUUGCGUGCCUCGCAGUGACGAGAACACUUGUAACCGUCCGUACUCUUUUGAGAAAAUGAUCACUUCGAGACUUGCGAGCGCCACUCUCAUUGUCGAACUGCCCAGUUAGCUUAUGAGAGCACGUUGCACGAUACUGAGGAUGUCAUUUCAGAUCAGUCAACCGAGAAGUGCCUUCAAAAGUGCACAGAUAUUGAAACGUGCAAAUCAGUCAAUUACAAUGUGCUCUCAAGAACCUGCACCCUUCUCGCCACUUCCAAAACUGGCAGUCAGAUUGUUAGCGACGAGAACUUUGAUUUCUUCGAAAGGGCGUGCCCACAUAUUGCUGCCACGUUAUCUUCCGCACUCAUUCCGCAUCCUCCGACGAUUCUUCCGGAAGUGGCCACGCGGUACCGCAUGAUAGAGAGAGGGAGACAGUUGGCGGAGAAGUUCUCGAAUAAAACAGGAGUGGAGAACGUUCAGGACUGCUGGUAAAUGAAAAGCACAAGAAAUCAUUGAGUGAUCCUUCUUUUUUUUAGGUCGCUUUGCCUUAAUUCCACGUCUCAUUGUGAACUCAUUUCAUUUUCCACAGUUUCAAAUCAAUGCCUUCUGUCCUCUCUCAAAGCUUCCGAAGUCACAUCUGACACAAAGAAACUAACGAAGCCUUCUGAAUCUUUCGAUACGUACGCUGCCAGUACGAGUGCUCUUUCUUUCACAUCAACUACUCUAUCCACUUCUACCGUAACUACCAAAGCGACGAAAUCAGUCGUCACCACAACAGCGAAACCAUUGUCGAAAUCGGAGAGUGGAGAGUCAAUGGAAGACCUGAAUAACAUCUUCGAUGUCAAUGACAACUUCAUGGAUACCACCACCACAGUGAACAAUCCCACAAGUGAUAUUUUUCUCACACUUUCGUUGUUUAUCUUUAUUUUCAGGAUCCCGUGCCCAUGCCCUUCCUAAUGCCGGAACUAAACCGGUUUCUGACAGCAAGAGCUCUGAAAGCAUAGCUCUGUUGCCCAUAGAUCCGGAGCUUGUUGGAUUGGAGGACUCCACUCCGAUGCAGUUGCCGAUCUCUUCAGGAAUCGCACACGUGGAGCCCACGAAGCUUUCUGUGGCCGCCCAAUGUCUUCCUCAGGGAAUUAACAUAACAUUUGACCUUGCUGACAUGGCCGUUUGUUUCACUCGGAUUGAUGAUCAUCACAGGGUCAUUUCAGAAGUACACGGGAGCAGUCUAUGCUUCCGAACGUUUCGAUCAAUGCCGCAUUUUCGUCAAGAACGCUACCACAUUCUCACUUUUCAUUCCUCGCCCGAAACACAAUUCCUGGUGUAACGCCGUUGAACUUGUAAAAGAGAUCCGAAUCUUGGAACAAGAAUAACAAAUAUUCGCUUUUCAGAACAAUGAAAUGUCGACGAUUGUUAUCAUGUCGAAUGACCGCAUUCUACCGCAUGACGUGACGACGAAGGACGAUCUGUUCUACCAGGUUUCAUGCCAGUACAAUCCCAACGACGAGACGAGAGUGAGCAAGGGGAUUGUGGUCGGGUAGGCUUCUGAUGGGCGAGAAGAAGAAGGAAAUAUGAUUUCUUUCAGGGGACCGUCGCCUGUUAUGGUCACUAAGAAGAGCCAACUGAAUGAAAGGAUUUCGCUGGAAAUAACAAGAGACGGACAGAUGGUUGACAGUGUUUUCGUCGGAGAAAUGCUGAUUGCGACUGUCAAAUCGAAUGUGUCGGCCGAUCUCCUAAGAAUUGUCGAUUGCACUGCUCAACGAGUCGGCGGGCAAGGUCCUCCUGCUUCGGUGAAUCUGAUUGCUGACGGAUGCGCUCUUCUGCCAGCCAUUAUGUCUCCUAUGAAACUGACGCCUUCCGGGUGGCAAUCCUCUCUCUCCGCGUUCAGAAUCGACGGAUCCGAGCAGAUCGACGUCGCCUGCAUCAUCUCAAUUUGUGAUGAAAACAAGAAGUGUCCGACGGUGAGUCAAACGGAAGGCGUGGAAUUCCACACUGAUCUCUAUCACAGAUGACAUGCAAUUCCCUUCCAAACGCUCGAGAAUCACGGUCGACUUCCGAAGAGAACUCGAUACGAGUGGAUCGGCGGCUGUUUGUUAAAGGAGAUAAGAACUAUGCGGGAUCGCAGAACUUUUUCGCACGUGAGUCGCCGACAGGUCAUCUAGAUCAUCGUCCGAAUUCUUGCAGCCAUCUGCAUCGAGCCGACCUUCUACCUUCCUGCUUUCGGGCUCUUCCUCGUCAGUUUCUCUUCCAUCCUCAUUUCCAUUUUCCUGGCAUUCCGAAGAAAGAGGUUAAGGGAUGCACAAGUUGAGGAACUAUUGUAAGAAGACAUUUCAUGGUCCCCGAGAGCCUUGUCACAUUUCAGGAGCACUUCGAUCGGGCAGGAUCUUGGGCCAAAAUACAUCAAGACGAUGUCAAUGUGA